ACAGGUACAUCUACCUGGUGUAAUUUUUUGCCACUUAAAAGACGACUGUUUAUCUGCAAUUUCGAAAAAUCCAGCUUCGUCUUUCAACGCAAACGGCCUGAAGUCUCUCUCCUCUACUGCAUUUCAUCUGCAACCGAGCUAAAUUUCGAUAAAGAAGAAAAACCAAACCCUAAUUUUCCCUUCUCUCGACGGAAGUCAUGGCUCACACGGGACUGCUGGCACUUCCAACACCAUCUACCCACAGAAACCUACGUACAGAUACCGUAUCCUCCGCUAAGGUUCGUAUUUCAACCGUAUCCUCUUCUCUGGACCGUUCAUCACCUUCUCCUUCAGAACAAGCCACUGCGCAGAAAUUCAAUUACGACAGAGCCUCUCCGUCAGUGAGAUGGCCAGACCUGAAACUCCAAGAAAUCAGCAACAGUCGUCCCCAUUUCCCCAUCCCUCCAACUCCCGCCGUUGGGAUCAAAGAAACAGAUGUGGACCCCAUAUCUGACAGCGCAGACGUUCCUGAGAAAACCCUAUAUUCUGUGGAUUCGGAUGAAGCUUUGGAAGUCUUGGGCUGGCGCAGCAAGACAAGAGCGAAGAAGAUGACCAAACUGGCCCUCAAGCGGGCCAAGGAUUGGCGUCAACGUGUCCAAUUCCUAACAGAACGGAUCCUGAAUCUGCAACCGCAGGAAUUUGUUGCCGAUGUUUUGGAUGAUCGGAAGAUUCAGAUGACUCCGACAGACUUUUGCUUUGUCGUGAAGUGGGUCGGGAAUUCAAAUUGGCAGCGGGCCUUGGAGAUCUACGAGUGGUUGAACCUGCGGCACUGGUAUUCACCAAGUGCUCGCAUGCUCGCCACAAUCUUGGCUGUACUCGGCAAGGCCAACCAGGAAUCCAUAGCUGAAGAGAUCUUCAACCGCACAGAAGCUACAAUUGGGAAUGUUGUCCAAGUUUACAAUGCAAUGAUGGGUGUUUAUGCACGGAGCGGCAAAUUCUCCAAGGUCCAAGAAUUACUUGGUUUGAUGCGUUCGAGAGGGUGCGAGCCAGACCUAGUGAGCUUCAAUACGAUGAUAAAUGCUCGAGCUAAGUCGGCAUGUAUGCCGCCUGGGUCUGCACUCGAACUCCUUCAUGAGGUGCGGAGGUCAGGGCUUCGGCCUGAUAUAAUCACUUACAAUACUUUGAUAAGUGCUUGUUCGCGCGGAUCGAAUUCAGAGGAGGCAAUGAAGGUCUAUAAUGAUAUGGAGGCCCGCAACUGUCAGCCAGAUCUCUGGACUUACAAUGCUAUGAUUUCUGUUUAUGGUCGAUGUGGGAUGGCAGAAGAAGCCGAACGCCUGUUUAAGGAGCUGGGGGCAAAAGGGUUUUUUCCGGAUGCAGUAACUUAUAAUUCUCUGCUUUAUGCAUUUGCACGGGAUGGGAAUGUAGAGAAGAUGGAGAAGGUUUGCGAGGAAAUGGGGGAAGCGGGAUUUGGAAAAGAUGAAAUGACAUACAACACCAUCAUUCAUAUGUAUGGGAAGCAGGGUAGACAUGAUUUGGCAUUCCAGUUGUACAAUGAUAUGAAGUUGGCGGGCCGCAACCCUGAUGCAGUGACGUACACUGUGCUGAUUGAUUCGCUUGGGAAAGCUGAUCAGAUAACUGAAGCUGCAAAUGUGAUGUCUGACAUGCGGAAGGCUCAAGUGAGACCCACAUUGAGGACUUUCAGUGCUUUGAUUUGUGGGUAUGCUAAGGCAGGGAUGCGUGUGGAGGCUGAACAGACAUUUGAUCAGAUGGUGAGGUCUGGCAUAAAACCAGAUCAUCUAGCCUACUCAAUCAUGUUGGAUAUCCUGUUGAGAUCUAGUGAAAUGAGAAAAGCAAUGGUGUUGUACCGAAAGAUGGUUCGUGGUGGUUUUAGACCGGACCAAGGCCUCUAUCAACUCAUGCUUCAGGUGUUCACGAAGGAAAACAAUCAUGAAGAUGUUGGAGAAGUGGUGAAGGAUAUGGAGGAAUUAUGUGGUAUGAAUCGGCAAAUGAUUUUGUCUAUCCUUGUCAAGGGAGAAUGCUUUGAUCAUGCUGCUGACAUGUUGAGGUUGGAUGUCACUCGGGGUUAUGAUCCCGACCCUGAAAACUUGUCAUCUAUCUUGAAUUCAUAUAUUUCAUCGGGGAGGCGCAUGGAAGCACGCACAUUGCUAGAUUUUUUCAAGAAACAUUCAUCUGGAUCCUGUCAUUUGAUUACUGAAGCUUCAAUUGCCAUGCUAUGUGAGGAUCACCAACUGGAAGCUGCUAUGGAAGAGUACAAUAAAAUGAGAAAGUUCGGUUUUGAUGGAAAUUGUACUGUGUAUGAAUCUUUGAUUAGGUGCAGUGAAGAAACAGAAUCCCUCGCUACGUCUUCUCAGUUACUUUCUGACAUGAAGUUUUAUGGUGUCGAGCCUUCUGCGAAUGUCUACCGAAGUGCAAUCAUGAUAUACUGUAAAUUGGGUUUUCCAGAAACAGCUCAUCACUGGGUUGAUCAGGCUGAAAAGAAUGGCAUUUUAUUUGAUGAUCAUUCUCUGCAUGUCACCUUGAUUGAGGCAUAUGGGAGAGUGAAGCAAUGGCAGAGGUCAGAAAGCGUGGUUGGGAGACUGAGACAGCAUUCCAAAGUUGACAGAAAAGUAUGGAAUGCUCUCAUUGAUGCAUAUGCUACAAGUGGUCGCUAUGAGCAGGCACGGGCUGUGUUUAAUACAAUGAUGAAAGAUGGUCCUUCCCCAACUGUGGAUUCUGUUAAUGGUCUUAUGCAAGCUUUGAUUGUUGAUGGGAGGCUAGAUGAACUUUAUGUUGUUAUCCAAGAGUUGCAAGAUAUGGGUUUCAAAAUAAGCAAAAGUACUAUUCUCUUGAUGCUUGAUGCCUUUGCAAGAGCUGGAAACAUAUUUGAGGUGAAAAAGAUAUACCACGGCAUGAAGGCGGCUGGUUAUUUGCCUACAAUGCACCUCUAUAGGAGUAUGAUUGGGUUGUUGUCGAAAGGAAAACGAGUCAGGGAUGUUGAGUUACUGGUUGCUGAGAUGGAGGAAGCUGGAUUCAAACCGGAUCUGACAAUCUUCAACUCUUUUCUUAGACUGUACACUUCAAUUGGGGAUUUUAGGAAGACCACCGAGGUAUACCGACGUAUUCAAGAAGCUGGAUUUAAAGCAGACGAGGAUACUUACAAUACCCUUAUCUUGAUGUACAGCAGGGAUCUUAGGCCUGAAGAAGGUUUGUUUCUGUUGAAUGAAAUGAAAAAACAGGGUCUGGAGCCUAAGUUGGACACCUACAAAAGCCUUCUUUCAGCAUGUUGUAGGCAGCAGCUAUGGGAACAGGCUGAAGAUCUUUUUGAAGGUUUGAGGUCAAAAGGAUGCAAAUUGGACCGAUCCGUAUAUCAUAUAAUGAUGAAGAUAUAUAGGAAUUCUGGCAACCAUUCAAAGGCCGAAAAUGUGCUGGCUCUGAUGAAAGAGGCUGGUGUUGAGCCUACUGUUGCCACAAUGCACAUGCUUAUGGUUUCAUUCGGCACUGCUGGACAACCUCAGGAGGCAGAAAAAGUGCUCAACAAUUUGAGAACUUCUGGUCUAAAUCUCAGUACAGUAUCAUAUAGUUCAGUUAUUGAUGCGUAUCUCAAAAAUGGCGACUACAACUUGGGAAUUGAAAAGCUAUCAGAGAUGAAGAAAGAUGGUGUUGAACCAGAUUGCCUUAUAUGGACAUGCUUUAUCAGGGCCGCGAGUUUGUGCCAGAAUAUGAGCGAAGCUUGGCUCCUUCUGAAUUCUAUGCAUGAUACAGGAUUUGAUCUUCCGAUUAGACUUCUGAUGGAAAAAACGGAUUCACUAGUUCCAGAGGUGGACCUUUUGCUCGAGAAAUUGGGUUCCUUUGAAGAGAAUUUGGCCUUUAACUUUGUCAAUUCUCUGGAGGACCUCCUGUGGGCAUUUGAACGCAGGGCAACUGCUGCUUGGGUUUUCCAACUGGCAAUCAGGAAAGGUGUUUAUCGCCACGAUGUGUUCAGGGUGGCAGACAAGGACUGGGGAGCUGAUUUUAGGAAGCUGUCUGCUGGUGCAGCUCUUGUUGGCCUUACUUUAUGGCUUGACCAUAUGCAGGAUGCAUCCUUACAAGGUUUACCUGAGUCACCAAAGUCAGUUGUUCUAAUAACAGGGACUGCUGAAUACAACAUGGUUUCCCUUGACAAAACUCUGAAGGCGUACCUUUGGGAGAUGGGCUCACCAUUUCUGCCUUCCAAAAUGCGCAGUGGGAUACUUAUCGCAAAGGCUCACUCUCUGAGGAUGUGGUUGAAAGACUCUCCUUUCUGCAUGGACCUUGAAUUGAAAGAUGCGCUGUCCCUACCCAAGUCAAAUUCUAUGAUUCUCAGUGAAGGAUAUUUCAUGAGAGCUGGUCUAGUUCCAGUCUUUAAGGAUAUACAUGAGCGGCUGGGGCAAGUGAGGCCAAAGAAGUUUGCAAGGUUGGCUUUACUGUCAGAUGAGGGAAGAGACAAGGCUAUCACAGCUGAUAUAGAAGGUAGGAAGGAGAAGUUGGAAAAGAUGAAGAAAAGGGGUGGGGUUUUGAGACCAAGGAAGUCAUUCAAUAUUGGAAGAAGGAAAUAUAUCAGGCAGGCAACAUCAGACAGAGACAACACAAGGUUAGAAAACCAGGCUUUGAGAUAGAUCACAAACCAGAACCAGUUACAAUUAAUUUGCUAAGAGAUUAGGCGGCUGGAUAUUUCAUACUUGUCUUGAAAGGAAGCACUGGGGAAUUACAAACACAUUGAUGCCAUUGCAGUGGGUUCAGAUCUUCUUGCACGCUGCAAGGUAGCACUUGAAUACACAAAUCAACAUUUUCAACUCAAAAAUAUUUUGUGGAUGGUUAAGCAAUCUGAUUUCUGUGUAAAUCACCAUUCAGUCAGUUGUUACUCAUUUGUAGAAGUGCUUGUGGGGGCUCUUUAUUAACCAGAAGCUAUGGCUGUUCUUCCUUGGCAUCUCGUCCAUCCUGCGCCCCAGCUUGUGGUUUCAAAGGAUGUUGAGGCUUCCCCUAAGACGAUCUUCAAACCAUCAAGCUCCGGGUUUCAUGGAGUGAAAAAGGCAGAAUUAUAUGCAUGUUUAGCAAAGGGCACUCGCUGUUUGACCGGGUACAUACUUGAUUUGACCCUUGAUAUGAAACUUAUGGUAGUGGGACACUAAUAAGGCCUUCUGAUGAUUUGAUUGGAGCAGGCAAAGCAUCCAAACGCUGUAGGUAUUCAUAGAUGAAGAGCGUGUUGUUCGACAGAUUGCAUGUAUAGAUGACUGGCCAACAACCUCAAGGAUUGAGUGGCUCAACUACAUAACAAACCAAAUGGCGAAGAUGAGACAAAGGGACUGGUGGCUUGCUCAAAUUAACAAUGUAUUUGGGAGGGUAAGCCGCUUUGCUUCUGAAUCUAACUAGUGUAAAUGAAAUUGUGCAGCACCAUUCCCAUACGCUUAGUCCACUAGAACAGUACCCUUAUUACAAAACAAGUGUAAAGAUGUCUUUUGCUCUUGCUUGUUUUAGUGUCACUCAAUUCAUAUGGUGUGGUCUGCUUGAGUUUUGGACCAA